AUGUUUGUCCAGUCAGCUACCACAGCCAAGCCCACAAGCUCUGGUUCAGGGUCUGACCCAACAUCUGUGACCCAGUCCACGCAAGCCGGCAUCGCAACCACCAUAGCUAGCAGCAUCAACAGCAGCUCUUUGAACAAUGAAACUGUCUCUGCCCUCCAUACUCCCCCAGCUACCACAGCCAAGCCCACAAGCUCUGGUUCAGGGUCUGACCCAACAUCUGUGACCCAGUCCACGCAAGCCGGCAUCGCAACCACCAAAACUAGCAGCAUCAACAGCAGCUCUUUGAACAAUGAAACUGUCUCUGCCCUCCAUACUCCCCCAGCUACCACAGCCAAGCCCACAAGCUCUGGUUCAGGGUCUGACCCAACAUCUGUGACCCAGUCCACGCAAGCCGGCAUCGCAACCACCAAAACUAGCAGCAUCAACAGCAGCUCUUUGAACAAUGAAACUGUCUCUGCCCUCCAUACUCCCCCAGCUACCACAGCCAAGCCCACAAGCUCUGGUUCAGGGUCUGACCCAACAUCUGUGACCCAGUCCACGCAAGCCGGCAUCGCAACCACCAAAACUAGCAGCAUCAACAGCAGCUCUUUGAACAAUGAAACUGUCUCUGCCCUCCAUACUCCCCCAGCUACCACAGCCAAGCCCACAAGCUCUGGUUCAGCGUCUGACCCAACAUCUGUGACCCAGUCCACGCAAGCCGGCAUCGCAACCACCAAAACUAGCAGCAUCAACAGCAGCUCUUUGAACAAUGAAACUGUCUCUGCCCUCCAUACUCCCCCAGCUACCACAGCCAAGCCCACAAGCUCUGGUUCAGGGUCUGACCCAACAUCUGUGACCCAGUCCACGCAAGCCGGCAUCGCAACCACCAAAACUAGCAGCAUCAACAGCAGCUCUUUGAACAAUGAAACUGUCUCUGCCCUCCAUACUCCCCCAGCUACCACAGCCAAGCCCACAAGCUCUGGUUCAGGGUCUGACCCAACAUCUGUGACCCAGUCCACGCAAGCCGGCAUCGCAACCACCAAAACUAGCAGCAUCAACAGCAGCUCUUUGAACAAUGAAACUGUCUCUGCCCUCCAUACUCCCCCAGCUACCACAGCCAAGCCCACAAGCUCUGGUUCAGGGUCUGACCCAACAUCUGUGACCCAGUCCACGCAAGCCGGCAUCGCAACCACCAAAACUAGCAGCAUCAACAGCAGCUCUUUGAACAAUGAAACUGUCUCUGCCCUCCAUACUCCCCCAGCUAGCAGCAUCAACAGCAGCUCUUUGAACAAUGAAACUGUCUCUGCCCUCCAUACUCCCCCAGCUACCACAGCCAAGCCCACAAGCUCUGGUUCAGGGUCUGACCCAACAUCUGUGACCCAGUCCACGCAAGCCGGCAUCGCAACCACCAUAGCUAGCAGCAUCAACAGCAGCUCUUUGAACAAUGAAACUGUCUCUGUCCUCCAUACUCCCCCAGCUACCACAGCCAAGCCCACAAGCUCUGGUUCAGGGUCUGACCCAACAUCUGUGACCCAGUCCACGCAAGCCGGCAUCGCAACCACCAAAACUAGCAGCAUCAACAGCAGCUCUUUGAACAAUGAAACUGUCUCUGCCCUCCAUACUCCCCCAGCUACCACAGCCAAGCCCACAAGCUCUGGUUCAGGGUCUGACCCAACAUCUGUGACCCAGUCCACGCAAGCCGGCAUCGCAACCACCAAAACUAGCAGCAUCAACAGCAGCUCUUUGAACAAUGAAACUGUCUCUGCCCUCCAUACUCCCCCAGCUACCACAGCCAAGCCCACAAGCUCUGGUUCAGGGUCUGACCCAACAUCUGUGACCCAGUCCACGCAAGCCGGCAUCGCAACCACCAAAACUAGCAGCAUCAACAGCAGCUCUUUGAACAAUGAAACUGUCUCUGCCCUCCAUACUCCCCCAGCUACCACAGCCAAGCCCACAAGCUCUGGUUCAGGGUCUGACCCAACAUCUGUGACCCAGUCCACGCAAGCCGGCAUCGCAACCACCAAAACUAGCAGCAUCAACAGCAGCUCUUUGAACAAUGAAACUGUCUCUGCCCUCCAUACUCCCCCAGCUACCACAGCCAAGCCCACAAGCUCUGGUUCAGGGUCUGACCCAACAUCUGUGACCCAGUCCACGCAAGCCGGCAUCGCAACCACCAUAGCUAGCAGCAUCAACAGCAGCUCUUUGAACAAUGAAACUGUCUCUGUCCUCCAUACUCCCCCAGGUGUACUGUUGAGCAGUACAGUAAGAACACAGAGCCCAGAUCGGGCUACCACAAUAACAUUCUCUGCAUUGACAUCUUCAACAAUGGCACCUUCCUCUGUUGGUGCCACUGAACUGGCCUCUCAAACAUCUACACAAGUCCCUGGGAGUAUUUCUGUGGAUUCAUCAUCUACCCAAGUUAUCAGUACCACUCUGUCUACAACCAACAAUACGGCUAAUACGUCAAUGACAGCCAGCACUGGGACGACAGCUUCAUCAGAAAUAAACCCCAGCCCCACGGCCUCUCCAUCUUAUUCCUCCUCCCCAUUAACGGUAUCUUCCAAAACAACUCAAGACUCUAGCACAGGUAUCAGCACCAUCAGCUCCACCUCAAACAUUUCCCAAACCAGUAGCUCCUUCAUCACCACCCAACCCACCAGCUCCACCACCAGUGCUAUGACCAGCACUAGCACCACCAGUGCUACGACCAGCACCAGCCCCACCAGUGCUGCGACCAGCACUAGCACCACCAGUGGUAAGACCAGCACCAGCACCACCAGUGCUACGACCAGCACCAGCCCCACCAGUGCUGCGACCAGCACUAGCACCACCAGUGGUAAGACCAGCACCAGCACCACCAGUGCUACGACCAGCACCAGCCCCACCAGUGCUGCGACCAGCACCAGCACCACCAGUGGUAAGACCAGCACCAGCACCACCAGUGCUCUGACCAGCACCAGCACCACCAGUGGUAAGACCAGCACCAGCACCACCAGUGCUCUGACCAGCACCAGCACCACCAGUGGUAAGACCAGCCCCAGCACCAGCACCACCACUACUACCACCAGUAUCAACCAAACCUCCAAACCUGUACAGGUGGAUCACAAGAUCGGGCCCCCAAGCUCAGGAAUUAUUGCAGCCAUUGUGUUGACGUUCAUCCUAAUUGUCAGCUUCGUGUCGGGAUUGUACUACUACAUAAAUAAACGUACAUCCUAUGGACGUCUGGAGAGUGACCAGAGCGCUUUCUCAAAUUUCGACAACCCCAUGUAUGACCCCUGAAUUUUAACUUUUGAACUCCAACCCAGAAAGUGACCUCCUAAACUUAAACCUAAGUCCUCAGUGUGAAGAAGAAAAUGUUCUGGAGAUCUUCGUUUGGCCCCGCGACCCUGAUGGAUAAGCGGUAUAGAAAAUGGAUGGAUGGAUGGAUGGAUCUUCAUUUGAGUGUGUUUAUAGUGACCUAGUAACUGUGACCUGUAGCCUGUAGUUUGAUUGCACUGAAUUGCAAAAUACUGAACAAAUGUUAUCUUUCUAUUAAAUCUUUGCCUCAGGAAAGAAAAGUGUUUUGUAUUUGGGUAGCUUGUCUAACAGUUCAAGUUUUACCACAGGAAAACAAGCAUGUUCAUGAGAGGCAUCAUGAGUCUCACAGGAUAUUUGUAAUAAAAGAAAAAAUAUUCUGUAUGAUAUGCUUAAAACUUGAAUACUUGCAUAAGUGAACUCAACAAGGACUACUUUAAAGUUAAAAAAAUGUUCCCCUGUGUUCCCCGUGUGAGCUGCUUUCUCUGCAUUCUGUGUCGUUCUUUUUUGCUAUUUCCCUGAAUUUCCUUGUGUUCCCUGUGUUCGUUGUUUCCAGUGUUCCCUGUGUUAUGUGUAUCAGUGUCCCCCCUCCUGGAUAAUUCUUUGUCUGAACCUUUUUACCUGCACUCCCAGCCAGUGGAGUCAGUUCAUUUAAUAAGUUUCUACUGAUUGCCCUGUCUGUGUCCUCCACUUUGUGACUUUAUAACACUGAAGGAACCAAAAGACAGAAUUUCUUUACAGCAACCAUGAAAUUUGAAUGCUAAUUUAUUCUAGUAAGAUCAUUCCUGAUCAAACUACUAUCCAUGGUUGAUUAUUUUUAAUAUUGAAAGUUAUUAUUGUGAAGUUAUUUCAUUUUUCAGUGUGAUUUUUCUGUGCUAAGCAGCUCAGCCAGACUGCAUUUCAGAUUAUAAUUUGCAAGACUUUAAUUUUUGAAAUAAUAUUGUUUGUUUUUUUUUUUGUUUUGUUUUUUUUGCAUUCAGAUAAAGAAUAAUGUGACAGUU